AUGGUUCAUGAGGAUCAGGGGAGGCUGGUGCAGGUGGUGGCGGCAGAAGAUGAACUUCUCACGCCGCCGAGCAGGUAUGUACUAAGGGAGGAGAACCGCCCGGCCGCUGGUGCAGAUCCAGCUAAGCUGACUAUCCCCAUCGUGGACUUGAGCCUUCUGGCCAAGCCCAAUGGGGUUGAGGAGGCUGCCAAGCUUCGAUCUGCACUUCAGUCGUGGGGACUUUUCGUGGUGACUGGCCAUGGCAUGCCGAAGGAGUUCCUAGAUGAGAUCCUCGGCGCAACGAGGAAGUUCUUUCACUUGCCGCUGGAGGAGAAGCAAAGGUGUAGCAACGUGAUCGGCGGUGCCGUGUUCCAGAAUGAAGGAUACGGCAUCGACCGCAUCGACUCUGAUGAGCAGAUCCUCGACUGGUGUGACCGACUAUGGCUCCAACUCCAACCGGAGGAUGAGAGGCGGCUUGAAUUCUGGCCACAAUCUCUAAGGGAGCUUCUACACGAGUAUACCAUACAGAUUGGGCAAGUGACCAUGGAUGUGCUGAAGGCCAUGGCAAAGCUUCUAGAUCAAAAGGAGGACUUCUUCAUCGAUAUGGUGGGUGAGAGGUUUAAGUCAUACACGAGGUUCACUUACUACCCUCCCUGUCCACGGCCUGACCUCGUCAACGGGCUGAAACCCCACACUGACAACUCCGUCAUCACACUGCUCCUCAUGGACAAGGACGUGGGCGGCCUCCAAGUGCUCAAGGAUGGACACUGGGUUGAUGUUCCCGUGCUAGGUCAUGACCUGUUGGUCGUUGUUGGUGAGGGGAUGGAGAUCGUUAGCAAUGCGGUGUUCAAGGCACCUUGGCACCGCGUGGUGACGAGCGUCGACAAGGAGAGGGUGUCACUAGCGACGUUCUACCAGCCAGAGCCGCAGAGGAUCAUAGGGCCACCUGGGGCACUGGUUCACGAGAAGCGUCCGGCGAUGUUCAAGAAGUGCUUGGUCCAGACCUUGGCCGAUGGCUACUGGGAUGCAUUUGCGGUAGGAGAGCGCACCGUCGACUUCCUGAAUGUUAGGAUUGAUGCCGAGGCUGACGGCAAACUCGAGUUGGAGUCCGUGGAUACCAAUAACUAA